UAAUUUUAAUAUCGUUUUUAAUCUCAUGCGUCAGUUGGUUGCUAAGUAACGGAUCACUAUACACCUACAACAAUCCCCCUAAACACAAAAGCAGCAGUUAUUUUCAGCAGUUUACUAGACGGGUACUGGAACUGAGGAUACUUGAUCCUUCUUGUUUGGGGGGAGAAAAAAGGUGUCUGUUCUUCUGCUUUCUUUAAUAUUUAAAUCAGAGCAAACGAAAUGAUUCAUUUGAAUGGUUUGCUUGUUGUUGCUGCUGUGGGUUUUGGUUGUGGUUGCAUUUUGACUGAAGUAUGCCCUCCUAAAUGGCACCGAUACGGCGAGUCAUGUUACUUCAUCAUCAAGGACCGGAUGGACUGGUAUGAAGCAAAUCGCACUUGUGCCGAGUUAAGAGCAAACCUUGCUGUCCCAAACUCUCCAUCCGAACAAGAAUACAUGUUAGGACUCGUCCCGGAUACAUUGAAGGUGAAUCUCUCGAACCCGAUCCAGCUUUGGAUCGGCUGUAAUGACAUCGAGGAGGAGGGAAAGUGGAAACACUGUCCGCUCAGGGGAAAAAACGACUCGUAUGAGAACUGGGGAGAUGACCAACCAAGUGGUACUUAUGACAACUCGGUCAAUUGUGCAGUAUUUUGGUAUACAAGUGGUAAAUGGCACGAUCGACGGUGCACAGAUGACACCAACUACGCGGUAUGUGAGCUCCCUGUCGGUCAAACCCCGGAGUUCUGCAAACGGACCGGGCCCGACGACCGCCUCACCCCUCGGUGCCUGCUGCAUCACGCUAUGGCGGAGUUAUCGGAUGGGAAAUCUUGCCGCUCACGUUCACGUCUCCGUUGUCACUCCUUCAAUCUGCCCAAGCAGAAUUAAUACAAAUUGUAGUAACCCUAAAGUUCUAGAAAACUGGAGUAUGAGAGAAAUCAUAAUGGCAAUAAAACAUGCUAGAUGGAGAUGGGUUGGACACACUGCCCGAAGAAAUGGCAAUAGAGGAACAAUGAAUUGGCAACCCAAAGAUGGGGAAAAGGGGAGAGGUAGACAGAAAAGAAGAUGGGGAGAUGACAUCAGAGUAUAACGUACAAGGAACAACAUGGACCAGAACUGCAAGAAACAGAAACAAAUAGCGCUUACAUGAGGAGGGCUACAUCCUACACUGGACAAAUACAGCCGUUUACAAGACAACACAGUCCGCCCGAGAACAGGAAAUAUAUUUAGGUCAUUGAAUUCUAGCCACCGGAUUUGAACCUUGCAUUCCAGAGGGAUUCACCAUCAUGCAUUGGUUUCGCCAGCAUGAAAGGCCCAUGAAUAUCCCAUAGGAAUGUGACUAUUGUAUGUUCACAACACUACGGGGCGGUGGACACAAAAAAAAUGCAUCAAUCAGAUUACGUCACGGGACGUGUUAAGAUUUAAAAAAAACACCGCGCACCCGAAAAGUGUGGGUGUUUUGUAUGGGUUCAACGAGCGUACCUGUUGUAUGGGGCUCACGCUUUUAUAUAAGCCUUGCUUUUUAGUAAGGUCCUCUGCAGUAUCAUAAAAGUGUAUUUAUUUCUACCUGGCUAAACUGUAUUAUUUGGAACAUGUACAUAUUAUUUCCUGUAUUAGAUUUGUUACUGUGGAAACAAUUAAGCCUCAAACCUUAAACCUUGAAGGCACUGGACACCUUUGGUAAUAUCAAAGACAUUCUUACUUCGUGUAUCCCACCAAGCAUACAAUUUGGACUCAAUAUUGAUCACCGACAUUGCAAAAGAAUAAUGAAUGAAAAACAUCCUUUUCGCACGAGUGUGCUUUCCGAAGCCUAAACAUUUUAUUUAAAGACUUCAGGCCUGAAGCCUUUUAAUAUUUGA